AUGCGUUCCGCGGUGCUCUUGGCCGCUUUGGCCGUUGGCACCUGUGCCAAGGUUAUCGAGAAGGAAGUUUACGUGACCGAAUGGACCACCACCACCGUCACCACGACUGUCACCCAAUGGCCCACCCACGCCACCGUUGCCCACACCAAGCAGGGACCAGCUGCCAACAAUGAGCCUGCCGAUCCUCCCCUGCCUACUGUCGAUUUGUCCAAGAAGGCUACGGUCCUUCCCGAUCCCGCCCUGCCUGCUCCCACUGCUGGCGGCGACGCCCAGGGCGCCCCCGUUGCGACCACCUGGUAUGUGACCAGCACCUGGGAGGAGCCCGCCAAGCCGGCGACCACAUCUUUGGAGACCAGGGCUACUGCCACCGCUCCCACUACCACCGCCAAAGCUGCCAAUUCCUACCAAGAGUCCCUUUUGUACAACCACAACAUCCACCGCAGCAAGCAUACUGCCAACUCUCUCGCCUGGUCCCAGGAUCUCGCAGACAAAGCCCGCACGCUGGCUAUGCGCUGCAAGUAUGAGCACGAUACUUCCAUUGGCGGUGGUGCUCAGUACGGACAGAACAUUGGAUACGGUGUCGAUGCGGCACAGGUCGGCGAGGAUAUCAUCAGCAAGAUGAUGUACAAGGACGAGGAGCCGCACUUCCAGAACCUCUACGGCCAGGCUACCCCUGAUAUGUCGAACUUCGAUGCUUGGGGCCACUUCACCCAGAUCGUCUGGAAGCAAACCAAGGAGGUCGGUUGCUUCACCUAUACCUGCCCCGACUUGGCCAAUACCGGUGCGAAGAACUCGCCUUUCACCGUCUGCAACUACAUGCCCGCCGGUAACUAUGCCGGCGAGUACGCAGACAACGUGGUCAGGCCCAACUAG